CUUCCUGGAAUGAGAGAAGAUGCGGAGCAGAUUUGUUCUGUGCUAAAUUUCGGGGCGGAGGGAUGCUAAGGUAGGUUCCCUCCCCCAUGGGUGUGUCCACUGCCGGGAGACCUCAGUGUAUCCACCUGCACAAGCCGCCUUCCUGCACUAUACACUUGAGCGCCGCUGCGCAUGGUAAACGCUUCUCUCCGCUCCUCUUUCUCCGGGAACAAACUCUUUGUUUUCUGACCUCCUUCAGUGGAAAAUACAGAAUCUGUUGAUGCGAUUUAGAGAUCACUUCAAGUUAAGGCGGCCGCGUCAAGUUAAUUUAAAUCCAAGCUUUGUUUGGCUCUGGGGAUAAUCGUGCAGGAUCUGCCGCGGAUACACUGAUACUCCUGCGUGCGGGCAGAGGAGCUCAAAGGAUCUGGGGUGGAUGGUUUUAAAUGUUGACCAGCUUUAUCACAAUAUUCACUGGACGGAACUAGAAGCUCCUGGACUCUCCUUCUGCUCUGUUAACAAACAGAGGGACAAUGUUGUGGGACAAACUCUGUUGGCUACUGGCCCUGCUGGCCUUAUCAUCGGGGGCGCUGCCACUCUCCAACGAGCCCCUUUCUGCUCCCAGGAUCUUCCUGUCCUUCAAAGAGUUAAAGUCCACCGGCACCGCUCACCAUUUCUCCUUCCUGCUGAACUCCACCGACUAUCGGAUCCUUCGCAUGGACGAGGACCACGAUCGCAUGUAUGUGGGCAGCAAAGAUUACAUCCUGUCUCUGGACCUGCACGACAUCAACAAGGAGCCGCUCAUAAUCCACUGGCCUGUUGCCCCCCAGAGGAAGACUGAAUGUGUCCUGUCAGGGAAAGACACCAAUGGUGAAUGUGGAAACUUCAUCCGUCUGAUUGAGCCGUGGAACCGGACCCACCUGUAUGUGUGUGGAACAGGCGCGUACAACCCCAUCUGCACCUACGUGGACCGAGGACGCAGGUCACAGGGGUCCCACUACCUACAGGCACCUCAAUCUGGAGGGAGAACAAGUCGGGCAGCAGACUACGGCGCUACAUCAGAGCCUUUGGAGGCAAAGGAAUACAUUUUCCGACUUGAACCUGGUAAAGUGGAUUCUGGGAAAGGAAAAUGUCCUUAUGACCCCAAACUGAACAGCGUCUCUGCUUUGAUCAAUGGAGAGCUGUAUGCAGGUGUCUACAUUGAUUUCAUGGGAACAGACUCUGCUAUCUUCCGUACGCUGGGGAAGCAGACCGCCAUGAGGACGGAUCAGUACAACUCCAGAUGGUUAAACGAUCCCACAUUCAUCCACGCACACCUCAUCCCAGACAGCGCUGAGAAGAACGAUGACAAGCUCUACUUCUUCUUCCGCGAGAAAGCCUCCGAGAUGGGCCAGAGUCCCAUGACCCAGUCCAGGAUAGGGCGGAUCUGCCUGAACGAUGACGGAGGACACUGCUGUCUGGUCAACAAGUGGAGCACGUUUCUGAAAGCUCGGCUCAUCUGCUCGGUGCCCGGAGCCGACGGCAUCGAGACGCACUUUGAUGAACUAAGGGAUGUUUAUAUCCAGCCAACUCAAGACACUAAGAACCCCGUCAUCUACGGAGUCUUCUCAGUCUCAGGAGCUGUGUUUAAAGGCUCGGCGGUGUGCGUGUACUCCAUGGCUGACAUCCGGAUGGUCUUCAACGGGCCUUUUGCCCACAAGGAGGGGCCCAACUACCAGUGGGUGGCGUACUCUGGGAAGAUCCCCUACCCACGACCUGGCACUUGUCCUGGAGGCACUUUCACCCCGAACAUGAAAUCCACAAAGGAUUACCCAGACGAGGUUAUCAACUUCAUGAGGAACCACCCCACCAUGCACAACGCCGUAUACCCGGUGCACAAGCGCCCCCUGGUGGUCAGAACCAACGUGGACUAUGAGUUCACCACCAUUGCAGUGGACCAGGUGACGGCUGCUGACGGCAGCUACGAGGUCUUGUUCCUGGGCACAGAUCGAGGGACAGUCCAGAAAGUGAUUGUCCUGCCUCGAGACGACCUGCAGACCGAGGAGCUGGUUUUAGAGGAAGUGGAAGUCUUUAAGGUUCCCACGCCAAUUACCACCAUGAAGAUUUCAUCAAAACGGCAACAACUGUACGUAGGCUCUGUGUUGGGGGUGACCCACCUGGCUCUGCACCGCUGUGACGUGUACGGGGAGGUGUGUGCUGACUGCUGCCUGGCCAGAGACCCGUACUGCGCCUGGGACGGCAAAUCCUGCUCCAGAUACUCCUCCUCACAGAAGAGACGGAGCCGUCGGCAGGAUGUGAAGUACGGCAACCCCAUCCGCCAGUGCAGAGGUUAUAACUCUAAUACCAAUAAGAAUACUCUGGAGACAGUCCAGUACGGGGUGGAGGGCAGCACUACUUUCCUGGAGUGCCAGGCCAGAUCUCCUCAUGUGUCUCUCAAGUGGCACCUGCAGAAGGAAAACAGCGACAGGAGAAAAGAGAUUCGCUCAGAGGGCCGCAUCCUGAAAACAGAACAAGGUCUGCUGAUCCGCUCCCUGCAGUCCUCUGACAGCGGCAUCUACCAGUGCACGUCCACGGAGAAAAACUUCAAACACACGCUGGUCAAACUGCAGCUCGUGGUCCUUUCCAGUCGCACGGUCAACAACGUGUUGGUGGAGACGGGCAGCCCGGCUCUGCCGCCGCUGCAGUCCAGCGCCUGGACUCCCAGCGCCGGCCAGUACAAGGACCUGCUGACCAUCCUGAGCCAGCCGGAGAUGGGCCUGAUCAACCAGUACUGCCAGGACUACUGGCAGCUCGGAGACGGCAGCCUCGGGGACAACAAAGCCAAGAGCCUGAAGGAGCUGAAAGAACAGAAGAAGCCUCGCAACCGCCGGCAUCAUGAGGAGGAAACGACUCCGGCUGAGACAUGAGGAGCUGGACGCACCCCUCCGUCCUCCCCCAGGCUCCCUGAACACACCACCUCCCAAACACUGCAACCCUCCACUUAGGGCAAUGACUUCAGUUCAAACGAUCGUAACGGACAAGACGGAUACUGCAACCAAAAGCAACAGCAUCAAACAGUUUCUAUGUAACUGUUGGAAAAAAUAUUUAUUGUAGGUUGUAAAAAGUAAUUCUUUGUACCUAUCUAGAAAACAUGUUUUUUGUGAAUAGGUAAAAAUUUGUGCAAAUAUUGUUGUUAUUAUAAUAUUAUUGUUAGUGUUAUUGUUUAUUACAAUGUGUUAUUAUGUUGAGAAUAUCUUUAUGUUUGGUGUUUUUGAGAAACAGCAACAAGAACCCAGGACUUUGGGAGUAUCCACACAUGGACAAGGACCGAUAAGCUUGUUUUCAGGCGGCCAUGUUGGAUGACUGCUGGCAGUAUUCGGUGUCUCAGCUGGAAGUCGAGUCGCUGAUUCGGCGAAUUUCUCAAACUUCCCUAAACUUCCUCACCAGAACUCUUUACUGUAAAUCAGACAGUUCUUUUUUUACUGCAAGAUACAAGCUGUUGACAGGAUGGUGAUUUGCAUUUUUUGGGACACACGAGGAUAAAGGAAAGGCCCGCAGACUGCAGCUGUGACCACG